CAGGGCUCAGAAAGCAAAUGAACCGACAUCAACCAAGAAAUAUCCCCGAAGAUAACUUCCUCUUGGAACUCGAAGUAUGCUGGCCAUCAUCCUCUGCAUUGGAAAUUUCUUGCCUAUAUUUGCAUCGGUCAAUUAUAAUGACACUACAGAUGUGAUUGGAAUGAAUCUGCGCUAUCCCCCGACGAAGGCCGCGGGCUCCAUUACGACGAACGUGACGGGCCUGGAAAACGUGACAGACCUCACGGUCUGCCUGAACGUGAAAGUCUACUUCGCCGUCUACGACAAGAUCAGUAUCGCCUGUCUUUACGGCGACACCAUGCUAAUCAUGCAAGAGGGAUGGGCGACCGUGAAGCUGGGGUCACGCGUCUACAAGUCCAACGUCUCCAUAACCCCCUUCCGAUGGACCCACAUUUGCGUCACCUUCGGGCCAGGAAAAGCUUACUAUGUCAAUGGAGAAAGGGCGCAGCUGACAGCAGAGGGCAGCACGAAGUUGAACACCACGCGUAUUUUUAACCCGGAGAAUGACACUGUUUACAUCAACGUCCAGCCAUAUUCGAACAACGCCAUUACUGGGUUUGGUGGCUAUAUCACCCUCCCUUUACUCUACCCCAGACAGCUUACUGACGAGGAGGUCAGGAGUCUUGCACAUAAUGAAGAAAUCCCAGAGGAUGGCUGGAACUUUAGGACCUGGGAGACAUGCAGUGAUUCGUUUUUUAUCGAACGUAAUGAAACAGGGAUCGAUUACAAUUCCUCCACAACGCAACAGCCUUGGGAAUGCGACCUUCAAAUAUUCAAAGAGAAAAGCUACAAAAUCUUCUUGCCUCGCCGUGAAGUUGAUUACGUGAUCACAUCCGGAAGAUAUGAUUACGAGACCGCGCUGGUGAUGUGUCAUAGCCUGAGAGGCACAUUGCCUCAAGCUGGAGACCCCGAUUUGCUCCGUUUAUUUACAGAGAUCCUAGAAAUGGAUGACUACAUCCAGCUGAGCGUUUGGGGACAAAAGAGCUCGCCUGAACAAAGCUGUUACACAUUAUCACCGAUAUAUGACCCUGAGGCUAGUUUUCAAGGAACAAUCCAGACCCUCACAGCGGCCUGCGAAGAACAGUUAUCUUAUUUCUCUUGUAAGGUGUCCCAGGCAGUGAAAUUUGAAAUGCGUCAAGACAGAUUUCCCAGCAACAGAGAAAGGUUCUACUUUGUUCCGGAUGAAUUUCGACCAAGGCUGUUGUCCUUAGAGGGAAAAGUCAUAUCUCUUUCAUCUUCUACAACAUCGGGCAACGUACUAUUACUCCAAGAUUACGCUAAGGAUAUCAACGUGUCCGUAGCAACGGCUUUCAUCGAUAAAUCGUCCAAUCCAUUUGGCAGGCGAACCUGGACGUUUGCCGAAGGCAACAAGACCUCGAGUUGGGUUCUGACAGCUUGCUCCAAGAACGAAUUCACCUGCGACACUGGCGUCUGUUUGGACCUGGCCAAGCGGUGCAGCGGGAAAGAUGACUGUGGCGACGAAUCCGACGAGCAAUGCAAAUUGAUAAAGCCCUUGCCGAGUUCCUACAGUCCCAGCCGCCCUCCCAAGUUAGAGACGCCCUUGGACAUAAGUUUGAAACUUGUAGCCAUCAAAGACGUUGACGUUGAUCUCGGCAAAAUCCAAGUUCAAAUUCAGAUCAAUACAACCUGGGCAGAUGGAAGAGUAACUCUGAUACAGAUGAGUAAUUACAGCGACGACAACUUCGUAGACAAGACUAUCUGGAAACCCAGCUACUAUUUUGCUAAUGGAUUCUUUGAGGACAACGUCAAUUAUAUCAAGAAGAAAAAUGUUAUUGAACGAACAGUUGCCAACAGGAAUUCAGACGGCAAAAUGGGUAUUGUCAACAGCUACGAAGGAUUUGAGUACAAUGCUGAAAGUAAUGCAAACAUCACCCACAUCGAGUCCGUUGCUUCUUCAUUUGAUUGUGACUUUGACCUUCUGUAUUACCCUUUUGAGGUUCAUCUUUGUGAAAUACAGAUCGCACUUACACAGUUCGGAGCUUAUAAAGCCUAUUUCGACACUAGAAUGAUUAAUCUACAGCCAGACAAUUUCACCCUCACUGAUUUUACCACUCAGCCUAUAUGUUAUACUUUCGUCAAUCAGUCAACAAACCAAGCCAAUCUAUUGAAGAUUCAUAUUAUGUUGAGCAGAAGAUACGGGGCAUAUAUCCUAACCACUUUCCUCCCUUGCAUCGUCCUGACCAUCAUAGGAUCUCUGACGGAAUUUUUUGAAGACGAUAACUUUAGUGACCGCAUAAACGUGACUCUCGCUGCCUUGAUUGUGAUAGCGUCCCUCAUCUCUCAAGUGGCCAUGACGGUGCCCGUGUCUGCUCAACCCAAGCUCAUCGACAUGUACUUCUGCUUCUCCAUGUUCAGGUUAUUCUCCUGCUUCGUUCACCACAGUCUCCUCUGCUUAGUUCGAUGUUUCUGGGAUCAAAGAGACAAGAAACGCGAAGAGAAAGCGACCAACGUCCAAGAUUCCUUACUCCCUCUGAAAGAUGACGACGACGUUCCGGCAGCACCAACGUACUCCCCACCGUCCAAGAAGAACCUGUUGGUCGACGCCUGGCAGCUGGUGGCCCCUCAAUCACCAAAACAACGGCCCACUUCGUGGACGAAAUCGACGCUUUACAGGGUUGUCAACGUUACCAGCAUUUCCGUCGGGCUCCUCUUGGAUGUGAUAGUGAAUGCCAUUUUCGUCUUCGUGAUUUUCAAGCACAGUUAUGAAGCCCUGAGAGGAUAUGAGAAGACAUGUCAAAAAUGAAGAUUUGUAUUUUCCUUUGAACGGAGGGAGGAGAUGAACUUUAGAUGUUAUCUUUAUGUUCAUUAUUCCUCUUUCGAUCUUGCAUUGUCUCUUCAGUUAGCUUUGCAUCCUUUCCCUUUUUUUAUUCUUUAUUUCUUUCUUCCCUUCGAUUUCGAACAACUUUUAAAUAGGUUAGUUGUAUCUAUUACAAGGCUGGAACAUAGUCUAUUGUUUUCUUCUAAGAUUUACAGUAUGAUAAGGGUUUAAAUCUAGAUAUUUUGGCCAAUGAGACUUUUGUGUGUGUGUGUGUGUGUUGUUUUUUUUUUUUUUUUUUUUUUUUUUUUUUUUUA